AUGGAAGAUAUAUUUCAAUGGUGCAGAGAAGGAAAUGCAUUACAAGUUAGAGUCUGGUUAGAUGAUACUGAACAUGAUAUGAAUCAAGGAGAUGAUCAUGGCUUCAGUCCUCUACAUUGGGCGUGCAAGGAAGGCCAUUUGAAGAUUGUGGAGAUGUUGAUCAAGAGAGGUGCUAGGAUCAAUGUGACUAAUAUGGGAGACGACACACCAUUACAUUUGUCCGCGGCACAUGGGCACAGACCUAUUGUACAACUGCUUCUCCAAAACCGAGUGGAUGUGAACUUCACCAAUGAGCAUGGUAAUUCUCCGCUGCACUAUGCAUGUUUCUGGGGUUACAGUGCCAUCGCUGAGGACCUAGUACUAGCGGGAGCCCUGGUCUCACUCGCUAACAAGGACGGAGAUACACCCUUGGAUAAAACAAGAGGUCAACUUGUACAACGACUCCAUGAGCUAGCAGUGAAUCAAGGGCAAGAUUUGAAGAAAAUCCAAUUCAUUGAUCGUUCCUGGCUCGGCCUCAAGACGAGGAGCCGUGACGCUACACUCUCCAGACAUAAGGGAAUCAACAUCAGUGAACUGGCGCUACAUACAAGGAUUGCUGUUACACCAUCUGGUGAAACAUGGCGUGGCAGAUGGCAGAAGAAUGACAUAGUUGCCAAAAUAAUAGCAGUUAGGGAGUGUACACCAAGAAUACAGAGAGAUUUUAAUGAGGAAUUCCCCAAGUUGAGAAUAUUUUCACAUCCAAAUAUACUGCCUGUGGUGGGUUGUUGUGUGUCCCCGCCAUCUUUGGUGGUGAUAUCUCAAUACAUGUCGUGGGGUUCUCUCCACGCUUUAUUACACGACGGCGGAGGCAGGGUGCUAGUUGACGCGGGGGCUGCGGUCAGAUUGGCGAGGGACGUCGCCGCUGGCAUGGCUUACUUACACUCGCUGCAAAGAGAUAGAGUACUGCCGCAGUAUCAUCUGAACAGCAGACAUAUUAUGAUCGAUGAGGAUUUGACAGCUCGCAUCAAUAUGGCGGACGCGAAGUUCUCGUUCCAAGAGCGCGCGCGUGUGUAUCAACCGGCGUGGAUGUCCCCGGAGGCGUUGACUAAGCCGAGCAGUAAGAGGAACUGGGAGGCGGCGGAUAUGUGGAGCUUCGCCGUGUUACUGUGGGAAUUGGCUACCAGAGAGAUUCCAUUCGCCGAUCUAUCACCAAUGGAAUGUGGUAUGAAGAUAGCACUUGAAGGCCUCAGGAUUACAAUUCCACCAGGUGUCUCGCCUCACAUCUCGAAACUCAUCAAGAUUUGCAUGAACGAGGACCCUGGAAAGCGACCUUCCUUCGAAAUGAUACUACCCAUACUAGAAAAAAUGAAACGCUGA